GACAAAAACACAAACGCAAGUUCUGCUGGGAAAAAAGGAGGUCGGAGUCAAAUUGCACGAAACCGUAGUGGAAGUCUUCAACGCUCGAGGAUCUUAAUAACGCCAAUGAUCGGUUUAAAAUGGGAACUCUUAGCUUCUGAGUGUGUGAUAAGGCUGGGAACUGGCGCCGGGAGAGUGAUAGAAGAGGAGUGAUAGAUGAGGAGUGAUAGAGAGCAGCUCCGCCGCCGCUGUACGGUGGUUUCUGUGCGGUAAAGCUGCCAAACCAGUCUCGGUUAGUUGUUGAGCAUCAAAGCCUUCAGAGGACAACAAGAAAGAAGCGAGACAGGGCAGAAAGGGGUAAGAGGGUAAGCGAGACAGUGUGGUAAAGGGGAUAAGAGAGGGAGGACGGUAAGGGGGGGUAAGCGAGGCAGGGUGGUAAAGGGAGUAAGAGAGGUAGGGUGGUAAAGGGGAUAAGAGAGGCAGGACGGUAAAGGGGAUGAGAGGCAGGACGGUAAGGGGGGUAAGCGAGGCAUGGGGGUAAGCGAGGCAGGGUGGUAAAGGGAGUAAAAGAGGCAGGGUGGUAAAGGGAGUAAAAGAGGCAGGGGGGUAAAGGGAGUAAGAGAGGCAGGGGGUAAAGGGAGUAAGAGAGGCAGGGGGGUAAAGGGAGUAAGAGAGGCAGGGUGGUAAAGAGGGUAAACGAGGCAGGGGGGUAAAGAGGGUAAACGAGGCAGGGUGGUAAAGAGGGUAAGAAAGACACCUGUCUGAGUGAGUAAUGCUUCCCAUUUUCCAACGAGAAGAUGGAUGAGAAGUCCAGCUACAGUCGUGUGCUGCUCGGCGUGCUCAUGCUGCUGCUGUUCGGCGUCAUUGUGCUGCAGUACGUGUGUCCGGGCUCCGAGUGCCAGCUGCUCCACUUGGGCUCGUUCUCCGAGCUGCGCGGCGGAAGCGACGGCCGUGAUGGUGAUCCGUACGUGGCGGAAGACGGGGCUCUGGCGCGAUUCGUGCCGCGGUUUAAUUUCACUCCGCAAGACCUGGACCGCGUCGUCGACUUCAACAUCAAGGGCGACGACGUGAUCGUGUUCCUGCACAUCCAGAAGACCGGCGGCACCACGUUCGGCCGCCACCUCGUCCGCAACAUUCAGCUCGAGCGCCCGUGUGAGUGUCACGUCGGUCAGAAGAAGUGCACGUGCUUACGCCCCGGGAAGAAGGAAACAUGGCUCUUCUCGCGCUUUUCCACCGGCUGGAGCUGCGGACUGCACGCCGACUGGACCGAGCUCACCAACUGCGUCCCGUCCAAGAUGAACAACCGAGACGCUUCUCAAACCCGCAAAAACCCAAGGAAUUAUUACUACAUCACGAUCCUGCGGGAUCCGGUAUCCCGCUACCUGAGCGAGUGGCGUCACGUGCAACGUGGCGCCACAUGGAAAGCCUCACUGCAUGUGUGCGAUGGCCGGGCGCCGACUCUGGCAGAGCUUCCCAGCUGCUAUACGGGUGAUGACUGGUCAGGUUGCUCGCUCACCGAGUUCAUGGCGUGCCCCUACAACUUGGCCAACAAUCGUCAGACUCGCAUGCUGGCCGACCUGAGCCUCGUGGGCUGCUACAAUGGUUCAGUCAUGAGUGAGCAGCAGCGUGGCGCCGUGUUACUAGAAAGUGCCAAGCGCAACCUCAGACGCAUGGCUUUCUUUGGCCUGACCGAGUACCAACGCAAGACGCAGUACUUGUUUGAGCGUACCUUCCGCCUGGCCUUCAUCGCACCGUUCACACAGCUCAAUGGCACACGGGCCGCCAGCGUCGACGUGGCAUCCGAGAAACAGCAGCGCAUCCGUGAACUCAACGCCUGGGAUGUGGAGCUGUACGAGUACGCACGCGACCUCUUCCUGCAGCGCUUCCAGUACGCACGGCAGAAGGAGCGACGCCAGGCUCGCCAACGCCGCCAGCAGGAGAGGCGUAGGCUGCGCGCCAAGGUGCCACACUGGACAGGGGGGAAAGGUACUAAGCCCACUAAAACCCCACCACAAACGCGGCAGUCUCUAGCCACCAGGCUUGCUGAACCAAUACAGGAUGAGACAGGGAACAUUCUGGAAGAAGAUGCAGGAGUGGAAUCAGAAGAUCCAUGGUGGGAGGACGAUGACGAUAAUGAAACCAUAGAGGACUAUUUGGUCAAUGUGGAGCAAUGGUAAUGUGCAAAAAUGGAUGGAAUUGCUGACCUUCCUAGAUACUCCACUAGGUUGCCAAGCGAAGCAUUUUCUACUCAUUCAAACCCCAUAACACUAAUUUUAUGUUCUAGAAUAACACAUGGUUAAAGUGCAUUUGUUUUUGUCAGAUAGACACAAGUAAGUGCAGAGUGAAUUUUGCUGGUGUCUGCCCUUUUUUUUUUGUUUUUUUUUUGUUCUUUUCCACUCAAAAUCCAUACGCACUGCAAUCCUCCCUAUGUACCAGUGUACCUUAAGGUCCUUAACUGAAUUUACGUUGUUAAAAUGCUAUUGAAUCAAAGAGGUUUGUUUCUUUAUGGUUACUUUUUUUUUAUUUUUUUUAUUUGAACUUUCACUACGACAUUUGAUUGUAGGUGGUGGUGUGAUAUUUUCUAGCAUUCUUACUGUACUGAUUAUGUAGCCUCUGGCUUCAAUAUAAAACCUUGUAGCAAAUCACAUUAUUUCUCAUUCCUAACAUAAGCUAUAUUACAAAAUGUAUGAACGGGUAAACGUGUGAAUAUCCUGGUAAUCGAAUACAAUUUGUUGCUACUCAAAUAAAUUUUGAUAUUAAUUGUA